AGAAACGAGCCCUCCGCCGAAUCGCCAAUCCUUGUAAGCCAAAUCUCGGCAGAAGAAGCUUUCCACCCAACCACCCCAAGGAAGCGUCGCUUGGCAGGCAGAGCAGCAUCCGGCACGAAGCAAAGCCUCCUCUCCUCCCCUCCUCCGUGUCCAAGAAAACACACCCGCGCACCAAGCAAAGGCGCACUCGCGUAGAAAACAACAGGAAAAUGCGCGCCACCUUUCUCCUCCUCUUCCUCCUCCUGCUGUCCGGCCACGCCCCGGCGCCGGCGCUCGCGCUGCCGCCGCGCCCGCCGGUGCGCUGCGCCACCGGCGGCGGCUGCGUGCUGUCCAACGCCUACGGCGCGUGGUCCAGCGACCGCGCUGACUGCCCCGUGUCCGCCGUCGCGUACCCGGCGUCGGAGCCGGAGGUGGUCGCGGCCGUGGCGCGCGCCAGCGCCGCCGGUGCCCGCGUCAAGGUCGUCAGCGGCUUCGCGCACACCAUCCCCAAGCUCGCCUGCCCCGGCGGCGGCGGCGGCGGGAACGCAAGCACCCUGCUCAUCAGCACGGCGAGGCUGGCGGGCGUGGAGGUGGACGCCGCGGCGCGGACGGUGACCGCGGACGCCGGCGCGCCGCUGCGGGCCGUCAUCGACGCGGCGGAGGCGCGCGGGCUCAGCCUCGCGGCGGCGCCCUACUGGGAGGGCGUCAGCGUGGGCGGGCUUGUGAGCACGGGGUCCCACGGCAGCUCGUGGUGGGGGCGGGGCGGCGCCGUGCACGACCACGUGGUGGGCCUCAGGCUCGUCGCGCCCGCCGGCGAGGCCGACGGCUGGGCCACCGUCCUGCCGCUGCGCAGGGGCGACGAGCUCUUCCCCGCCGCGCUCGUCUCCCUCGGACUGCUUGGGGUCGUCACCAAGAUCACGCUGUCACUGGAGCCGAGGUUCAAGCGGAGCAUCACCUACGAGUACAGGGACGACUCCACCAUCCAGGACGACUUCGCCGCCCACGCGGCGCGCCACGAGUUCGCCGACAUCACCUGGUACCCGUCCCAGCGCACGGCCAUGUACCGCGUCGACGACCGCGCGCCGCUCAGCGCGUCCGGCGACGGCGUGAACGACUUCAUCGGCUUCCAGGCCACCCCCAUCGCGGCCAACGCCGCCCUCAGGGCGCUGGAGACCACGCUGGAGCGGUCCAAGAACGUGCGGGGCAAGUGCGCGCUGGCGGCGGCGGAGUCCGCGGCGAAGCGGCUCGUCGGCAACGGGCUCAAGAACAACGGCCUCCUCUUCACGGGGUACCCCGUGGUGGGGUACCAGGGGAAGAUGCAGACGUCGGGCUCCUGCGCGCGCUCGCCGGCGGCCGACCUGCUCGGCGCGUGCGGGUGGGACCCGCGGUUCCACGGCAUCUCCUUCUACGAGUCCACGGCGAUCUUCUCGCCGGCGCGGUUCCGGGACUUCGCCCUCGACGUGAAGCGCCUGCGCGACGCGGCCGGCGCCGAGAGCCUCUGCGGCGUGGACGUGUACAACGGCCUCCUGGUCCGGUUCGUGAAGGCGUCGGCGGCGCACCUGGGGCAGCCGGAGGACUCGGUGGUGGUGGACUUCAACUACUACCGCGCGUCGGACCCGGCGGGGCCGCGGCUGGGCGAGGACGUGUGGGAGGAGGUGGAGCAGCUGGCGUUCGUCAAGCACGGCGCCAGGCCGCACUGGGCCAAGAACCGGCUCGUGGCGUUCGCCGGCGUGCAGGGGAAGUACCCGCGGUGGGGGCUGUUCGCGGCGGCGAAGCGGCGGCUGGACCCGCGGGGGCUGUUCGACAGCCCGUGGUCCGACGAGGUCGUCGGCGGGGUGGAGACGGACAGGGGCGACGGGUGCGCGCUCGACGGCCGGUGCGUGUGCUCGGAGGACAAGCAUUGCAGCCCCGGGCAGGGGUACUACUGCAGGCAGGGGCUUGUGUUCGCAGAGGCCAGGGUGUGCAGGUACUCGGUGUCGCAGAAUCAGUGAAACUUGUCGGUUUGCCAACCCUCCUCAUCUGAUUGAUUCUUUGGUGUAGCGAUUUACCAAAAGCCUGUCUGCAAUGUGCAGUGUGGAUAAUAAUACUGCAUCUCUAUUUUCA